GGAAAAUCCAGUAGGGAUCCGACCGUUUGCCGUACGCGGUACCGGUGCGCGCGCGCCACGUUUGUGGGUCCGCCGACGACGACGGUACGAACAACAACGUUACGGGAACAUAAUGCGCGCGCGUGAUUUCGUCUCGUUUCCCGCCCACCGCAAAUCCUCCGCACCGCCGUCGCCGUAAGGAACACUCGCGCCAAACCCGUGCGCGAUAUAUCGCUGUCGUUGUCGUUUUUUCAUUUUUUCUUUCCCGAACGGCAAUACUGUAGAAAUUAAUAUUCUCGUCAGCGUGCCGAUGUGUUACUCCGGUACGUCGGACGAGUGCUGGUUCGCUGUCCGCUGAGUGUCGUCGGACGUCGAAAGAGAUCACGACAAAAAAUGGACCAAGAUGAAAAUCAAAAAUCUGAUAACAAACGCCGUCAAUCCUUAAGUAUUGAUAAGGCCGCAUUUCUCUUGCUUCGAAUAAAACGGGUGUUCAAAAAAAGAAGUCAAAAUCAAAACAUCGAAAAAAGAGAUAAAGAGGUGCCACGUGGACAACAGCCACCUCCGUUAUUACGAUCGAGUACCUUGCCUGCCAUCAUUGUACCGGGCCUCAACAUUUUACAUGCUCAAAUCGGACCAAAUUCCACACCAAACGGUAAUGUUGGUUCUAAGAAAAGCGUUAAAUCCUCGGCAAACCUAUUUCGAUCUCCGUGUGUCAAAUUCUCUCCAGUUUCGUCACCUUGCAAAUCUGGCAAGUCCAACAAAUAUCAAAACCAUAACAUAGCUAAUCGCCGCCGGAGCAGCGAUGCAAAAGACUUACGAACCAUACAUUUAAACGAGGAAGACGAAGAAGGAGAAGAAGAAGAAGACAACGAAGAAAAAAUAAACGUGAACGACAUUUUGGAAUGGUUCCCAAGGUCAGUGUCCUCGGACAGCAUCGUAGAGUCCACGUAUUGUGUGGACUUGGUGAGAAGGUUACCGUCUCCAUUGUCCAUAAAGGUGAAAGGAAGUUCCUGCACCGGAACCUCAAUAUCGUCGCUGAGAAAUAAUAGCUCCAGUUCGGAGACACAGACAAAACAACGUCAACAUCACCUGAAGGCACGAGAGUCUCAAGUACAUAACAUCAACAUUCAUUUGCACGGACUAUUCGCUGCUGUAGAACAUGGUCAAUUGGAAAAAGCAAAAAACAUAUUGUCCACAUGCGAGGUUCAAGUGAAUAGUGUAAAUAGCGAUGGGUUGACGCCUUUAGACGUUGCUUUCUUAAGCAACAAUAGAGAAUUAGUUCGACUUCUGUUGAUUCACGGGGCCACGGAAGAGACUAGUAUGAAAAAUUUGGAACCUCACCUGAUGAACUUACUUGGUGAAGCAGAGAGACGUGUUCUAGAGCUCAGGCUAUGCGGCAACCAAGAUAGUGUACAGACCAAGUCCCUAGUUCUUUGGGAGAGACGAAAAAGAGGCUUGAAGAAAAUGCUUAUUGGUUUUGAACAUGCUAAACCACCAGAUAAACCCGAAAAAAUCAUCGUGGAGGUAACGGGAAACGAUAGCGUUAGAGUGUCUUGUGUAGAAGCUGACAACCAAGAAAGCGCUAUAUGUACAAAAUUCAAUGUCGAGUGGAGUACAUCAGAAUCCUUUAAAAACCUAACAGGGUCUAAAUGUGUACCCGCUACCGAUGGCGAAAUCACCAUAAGUAAUUUGGAACAUGGAAAGACUUACUACUUUCGAUGUAGUGCUGGAAAUUUGAGAGCAUUUAGUGACUUUCAGUAUCCAACCCCAGCCUUCGUCACUAUUUCAAGUUGGUGGGAUGUCAGUCAAGAAUCUCGUCGAUGUUCUGCUGCCAUAAAAGUCAAGAUGGAUGAUAUACUUGACAAAAUGAUCUCCAUUCGUCCAGACCUACAUAGGUCGUUGUUCGAAGUCAGUGGAAACGACUGUACAUUGAACACGAAAAGAAGAAAGCCGCCGACGUUCAAACAACUGUUCAGCGGCAAUACUAAACUUCAUAAGAAUCUCCGGAGAGGUGUAUACCUUUCUUGUCUACUGUACCACGAAGACAAAGUUCUGGUGACCAACGAGGACUACUUACCUGUGGUAGAGAUUGACGACACGUACCCAAAAGAAAUGCUCAACGAUUUCCAUUGGUUCUACAAAAUAGCUUUCGCGUGGAAGGAUCUCAAAUGGUUUAAGGAGGAACUGGAAAAAUCAACAAAUAGUUCGAUUAGCUUCAGGACAAAACUCAUUCAAGCCGUUACACAAAUGCAAGACAUUUUCAACACGCAAGACCUAGGUAAAGUGUACUAUAAACCGAUCCGUGACUCGGAUGGUACAACUGUGAUAUGUACGGUUAACAACGUAUGUCAGCCAAAAAACGUCGUUAAUCUAAAAUGGACGCCGAUAGCUAAGAUUAAGAAGAAGUCGUCUCGUUCCGAUAAUCUUACCGAUUUGUUGAUAUCAUCUAUCCAAGACCAGAUUAUGUUCUACCAAACAAGUUAUACUAAACUACAGAAGGGCUUAUAUGUUGGAUAUUUACUAAUGAGAAGCUCAGUCGAUAUGCUACAUGUAAUGGUACCUAUGCAAAAUCCCAACAUGCCAGUUUGCUGCAAAAUACGAGAUAAUUCGCACAUCAACGCGGAAGAAUGGUUAUGGCUUCAACAGGGCGCCGGGGCUCCAAGCGAAUACAAGUGUCUCGGUUUUGCUUCGCAGUUCAAGGUGGCGACCAAUCAGCUAUUUUCACUGGUCCAAAUACCUAAGGACAAACGGACGGUGCAACGGGUUUACACCAGUGAAGUUAUCGAAGUAAAUCAAGAUGUCAGUAUUAUCAUGAUAGUACCACCUGCGGAAGUCGCUUGUGCUGUGGGUGAAGGUAACCAGUCACCUGUUAAUCUGCAUCGGAUCAAACUGAUACCGCUCAGCGUUCAAGUGUUUGAAAUGAUACACUUCGGUACAUACCGGGCAGACACAUUGCUCUUAUAUGCCCGACUUUCCAGCGUCGUGCAGCUGGACUCAGACGACGCACGAUAUUCUAUCAGACAAGCCUGGAGCUCGUCAGAUCUGGAGGUGGCGAAACAACGGUUGGAUUCCGUGGAAGCGCUCGAGACGAGCUUAAACGCGGCCUGGAAACACCUGCGAUGGUUAUUAGACGUGAUGAACUUUGCACGGGAGAGAUUGUUCCAAUCGCAAAUAUCCAAUUCCAAUUGUUCCAAGAGUGCUAGCAAUAGUCAACUGGAAAUGAAGUCUGCCAAAAGCAACUCGCUGUUGCAAUUGCCCGAUACGAAAUUGGUCAAAUCCCGUGGUAGUUGGCCAGGACCAGGAUUAAACUCGAUGCGAACGCUGGAGUCCGUGUGCCCGGAGAUAAGUCGUAGCGAACAAUACCUAUCGCCGCCUGCCCACGACCGCGAUUACGGGUUGACCAACAAAAAAAGUUGUUCCUCAGAAACUAGUAACGAUAGUAAAGACGAGCCGGAGUACAACGACGCUCAAAGUUCGGAUCCGGAUUUAUCGUCAAGGAUACCCAAUCACGUUUCAACCAAGGACCUUAUUAAAGUGGACGACGAGAGAUUUUCUGACGCUACGAUUAAAAGCGAAUCGUUGGUACCUGUUCCCGCACCUGGAAUCAUUGAGGUGUGCGCCGCCUACGAAACUGGUCUACCGCAUCCCCCCAGUCUCAAAUUACACAUUAGCCCGAUGACGUCGGCUCGCGAAGUGGUGCAGCUGUUUCUGCAACAAUUGAACAUGUCCGUGGUGGUCAAAGGCAAAUCAGGCCCGAUAUACCCGAGCUCAGAGUUCGGAAAUUUCUGUCUAGUUUCAGUGACCGGGGCCCGGGAACGGUGCCUACGCGAGGACUUCAAACCGCUCCAACUGACAGACCCGUGGCGAAACGGCCGCUUGUACAUCCGGCAUAAACAGGACCUGCUGGCCGCAAUCGAGCUCCACUCUUCUAUACUUACAACGACUACUGUAAAACAUCAUUGA